AGCUUUCACAAGGCCGUGGUCCUUGCAUAUCCAGCCGCCAGCAAACAAAAAAUAACCAAUACAUUACAUUUAUUAAAAGUGUGUCACUCACUUAUAUUGUUGGUAUGUGUCGUUCUUAUGUGGAUGCUGGAGAUGGAGAUAAGAACAGAGUGGAAAAGUAGCAGGCAACAAUGAGACUUCAAUAGCUGAGAUUACUAUUUUUUUUCGUAUUUUUGUUUAUAAACUAAGAGGACAAUAGAUGUUUUCGUUUUAUUUGUUUUGCUAAAGGUCUGACAAAGAUAAUAAGAACACUGUUCUGUGAUGUCAGUGACUUACAAGAUGUACGAAGCUGAAUCGAAAUGGGUGGUCCAUCGAAACUGCUUCCAACAACAUCUUGUACGAAUUUUAUUGUUGGUCUUCGCUUGUGGAUUAAUAAGCAUCUCUCCAGCUGAGAGCCAGAGGCAGCAGCAGCAGCAGCAGCAGCAGCGCCAGAGACCAGAUCAGAGACCCACGGAGGACCCGUUAGACCGACAUGGAAUCCCGGGGCAUCAAAAUAUUUUCAGCAUGAACCCGUCAAUGCACGGCGUCCCCAUGUACGGAGGUGUACCAACCUAUCAGAACGGAGCGUCGAGGAUGUACGGCAGCGGCGCCAUUUCGCCGACAAGUCGUGGAAAUGGCGCAGUUCCACAGAUGUUCGGUGGGGUGCCUAUGUACGGAAAUGCCCAGGUGCCGCCAACAAUGUACGGGGGAUUACAACACAUACCUCGUGUUCUGUACCCUCCUGGAAGUUACUACGAAUCUGCACGCGUUCCUACUCCAUACGGAAAUGGACGAGUUAUACCGACAAUGUAUGGGAAUGGCCGAACUGUACCGAUUAUGUACGACGCUAGAGGUGUACCGACAAUGUACCAGAGUGGCUGGCCCUCACCGAGGUACAGACAUGGGGGUGGUUCAACAAUGCGGGGAAAUGGUGCGUCCAUGAUUGGGGAAGGAAAUGUGUAUAACAAUGGCCAGCUAAGACGUAUGGGGGGCACCUCUGACCUGUAUGACAGUGCAGCCCUACCGGACCACGAUAUAGACGCAGGGGUACCACCACCUCAGCAGUCACAGGUACCAGAUUCAAUAACCGUCGGAGGUGGCGAUCACUGCGGAGGCAAACUUGUGUGCAAGGCCGGGGAGUUCACGUGUCUGGCCUCGUGUAUGUGCAUUCCUAACUCGUGGAGGUGCGACGGGGAUGAGGACUGCAUUGGGGAGGAGGACGAGGUCGAGUGUGGGGAGUAUCUGGAGGAAGACCCUGACGAGGAAUGUAAUUCGUACGAUGGAAACGUGCGCUGCACUCGAACUGGGAAGUGUAUCCGGGAGCAGUGGUUGUGCGAUGGGGAGGAUGAUUGUGGAGACUACUCCGAUGAAACCCACUGCGGCUUCGACAUGAACUGCACUGCCGAUGAGUUCCAGUGCGACAACGGCCUUUGUGUUAAGUCCACGUGGAGAUGCGAUGGCGAUAACGACUGCAAGGACUACUCGGAUGAGUUCAACUGCACCAGGAAAACGUCUUGCACGGAGAACGAGUUCCAGUGCACAGACGGGAGCUGCAUCUCGCUGACCUGGAAGUGUGACCUUGAACCUGACUGCACCGACGGAUCCGACGAAAUCAACUGCGACAUACAGCCGCCCUCGUGCAGUGAGGGUGAGUUCCAGUGCGCGUACCAGCGCUGUGUGCGCCUCGAGUUCCGCUGCGACGGUGACGACGACUGCGGGGAUCGGAGCGACGAGGACGACUGCCCGAAACUCGAAGGCAAUUGCGGCUCCGCAGAGUUCAGGUGCAACGGGGGCAAGUGUAUCCCUGAGUGGUGGAGAUGCGAUUCGAAGAGAGACUGUGAAUCAGGAGAGGAUGAAGAGGAUUGCGUGGAGAAGCGCCCCCGCACGUGUGGGCUGGACGAAUUCGUAUGUUCCACUGGCAGCUGCAUACUGAAAACGUGGCUGUGUGAUGGUGUGCAAGACUGCUCUCGAGGUGAAGACGAAGAGAAGUGUGAGGCUGUAUGUGAGGAAUCUCAAUUCAGGUGUGGCAACAUCAGUAGCAAUGAUUCAACGUCAACAUCAUCGAGAUCGGCUAUCACCUGCAUCGGAAAGAAACAUGUGUGUGAUGGAAAGAAAGACUGUCCCAAGGGUGAAGAUGAACGGAACUGUCCUCGCAAGAAGGAGUGUGAGCUUGGAAGCAAGUGCCAUCAGCAGUGUGUGACCCUGGCAAAUGGAACUGAUGCAUGUAGCUGCCACACUGGCUACACAUUAAACUCUGAUGGGUACAGCUGUCGAGAUAUUGACGAGUGCCUGUACGAGACAGGCCCAGUGUGUAGCCAGAGAUGUAAAAACAUAGUUGGCUCGUUUACUUGCGGUUGUAUGACUGGCUACAUUCUCCGCCCUGAUGGCCGUACGUGUAAGGCUCUUGGUGCUGCUCCAACCCUUCUCUUUGCUAACAGAGUAGAUAUAAGACAAAUUAGCCUCAACAGUGCCAAGUAUACAGCCUUACUGAAAGGGCUGCACAACGCAAUUGCUUUGGAUUAUCACUACAAGAAAGGACUGAUCUACUGGUCUGAUGUCUCUAUGGAUGUCAUCAGAAGAGCCACACUGAAUGGAACAGGGGCUUUUGAUGUGAUUCGCUGGGGUCUGGAAAGUCCAGGUGGAAUUGCAAUUGACUGGAUUCAUGACACCAUCUUCUGGACAGAUUCUGGGACACGUCGCGUGGAAGUAGCGACCUUGGAUGGAAGACUGCGUGUCAUUAUUGCUUCUAGUGAUCUGGACAAGCCACGAGCUAUUGCGGUUCAUCCUGGGGAAGCCUUUAUCUUCUGGACAGACUGGGGCCCAGUUCCAAAGAUUGAACGAGCAGAGAUGGAUGGCAGCAACAGAGUGGCUAUUGUCACGGAGUCCCUGUUCUGGCCUAACGGUUUGUGCCUUGAUUACACAAUGAAUCGAAUCUACUGGGCUGAUGCCAAACACCACGUCAUCGAAUCAUCAAAUUUUGAUGGGAAGGACAGAAAGAAGGUGAUCAGUAAAGGACUGCCACAUCCAUUUGCAUUGACAAUAUUUGAGGACGCAAUUUACUGGACAGACUGGCAUACGAAGAGCAUUUCCACUGUCAAUAAAAUCACUGGAACGGGCUUCAUGACAAUACAUUCAGGACUUCACUUUCCCAUGGACAUCCACAGCUACCACCCUCAGCGACAGCCAGAGUACCGAAACCACUGUGGCGACAACAAUGGUGGGUGUUCGCAUAUGUGUCUUUCCAACAGAAGAGGGUACCAGUGCAUGUGUCCGAUUGGCCUUAAGCUUCAUGCUGACAGGAGGAACUGUGAUUCAACACCAGCCAAACUUCUGCUGUUUGCUCGUAAGAAAGAUCUACGCAUGCAUCAGCUAGAGAACAGCGAUGUCGAUAUGGUGAUCCCUGUUGAUGGCAUUCGAUCAGCUGUUGCUCUUGCAUGGGACAGUAAUUCUGACUCAGUUUUCUGGACUGACAUUGAGGCCGACACAAUUAAUAGAGCACAUCUAAAUGGAAGUCGGCAAAGAGCGAUUGUCAGUUCGAAUCUUGAGUCACCUGCUGGCCUGGCUGUAGACUGGGUGACUAGGAAACUGUACUGGACAGAUGCUGGAACCAGUAGAAUUGAAGUGUCCAACCUUGAUGGUAGCAUGAGAGGCCUACUUGUCUGGGAGGGUUUAGACAAACCCAGGGACAUUGUAGUGGAUCCUAUUGGCGGUUACAUGUACUGGAGUGACUGGGGGGCUGUGCCAAAGAUAGAGCGAGCUGGUAUGGAUGGCUCACAGCGAGCACCACUCAUAAUUCACAAUUUAACAUGGCCUAAUGGGCUUGCUAUUGAUCACGACCAUGGACGACUCUACUGGGCUGAUGGAGGCACCAAAGCCAUUGAAUUUGCCUUGCUGGAUGGAACUGGGCGCACUGUGCUCAUAGAAUCCGAUCUUCCACACCCGUUUGGUCUUGCUGUAUUUGGAGAUAAGAUCUACUGGACAGACUGGAAUACUUCUAGUAUCCACAUGGCAGAUAAACAAACCGGAAAGAAUAGGACCAUACUGAGGUCCGGCAUAUCAGGACUGAUGGACGUGCGUGUUUUCCAUCGAGGACGUCAGGCAGUCCCUUCCAUGUGUCAGGCUAUGAAUGGUGGAUGUUCCCAUCUUUGUCUUCUAGCUCCUCUUCCCAAGGGACACACAUGUGCAUGUCCAAUAGGAAUUAAACUACUGGAGGAUGGUCGGACUUGUGCUCUGGGACCAACAAACUCUCUGAUUUUUGCUCAUCGAGUUGACAUACGACAAAUCUCAUUAGAUGUUCCAUACAUUGUUGACGUCGUACUGCCUCUACCCCCUCUGAAGAAUGCCAUUGCUGUAGAUGUUGACAGGAAAACAGGUGACAUAUACUGGACAGACACAGCAGAAGAUGUGAUUCAGAAAGCAACACCAGAUGGCCAGCAUAUUGAGAGUAUUAUAGUGGACGGCCUAGAGACAGCAGAUGGUAUUGUUGUGGACUCAGCAGGAAGAAAGAUAUAUUGGACGGAUGCUGGGCGUAACAGCAUAGAAGUGGCUGAAUUAGAUGGGCGCAAUCGUAAGGUUUUAGUUUGGUCUGGUCUGGAAUCACCACGAGCUAUCGCUCUCCAUUACCACCAUGGACUAAUGUACUGGUCAGACUGGGGCAGCAACCCUCGCAUUGAACAAGCUGAUAUGGAUGGUGAUCACAGGUUAACGUUAAUAUCAGAUGGUUUGGGCUGGCCCAAUGGGCUGACUAUUGACAGACCUGCUGGUCGCUUAUAUUGGAAUGAUGGGCAAUGCAAGACGAUUGAGAGUUCUGAUCUGUCAGGACAAGAUCGUCAUGUUGUGGUGACAGACGUACCUCACCCAUAUGGACUGGUAAUAGUGGGAACUCAUGUGUACUGGACAGACUGGCAGACAAAGGCCCUACACAGGGCUGAUAAGAUCAAGGGCACUGAGAGUACAAUCAUCAGAGGGAAACUUGAGGGACUGAUGGAUGUAAGGUCUGUACAGCAGGUGGACAACGUCGCAGAGAAUGCUUGCGGGACAAAUAAUGGAGGAUGUUCACACCUCUGCCUGAGGAAUCCUUCCAGCUACACAUGCGCAUGCCCAACAGGCACUGUACUUCGUGAGGAUGGACGCACAUGUAAUACAGUUCCAUCGACAUAUCUCCUUUUUGCAACAAGAAGCACUCUGGCCAGGGUAUCACUUGAUACUCCUGAGCUAUGGGAUGUCACUCUGCCCAUACCGGAUGUUCAUAAUGCCAUCGCAGUCGACUUCCACUGGAGAAAUCAGAAAAUAUAUUACACAGACGUGUUUCUCGAUAUCAUCAGGAGUGUAGACAUGCACAAUGUAACGAACACUGAGACCAUCAUCUCCACGAAUCUCACAACUCCAGAUGGUCUGGCUGUAGACUGGAUCGCAGACAAUAUCUACUGGACUGAUGCUGGCCGCAAGGUGCUUGAGGUGGCGCGAUUAGAUGGUUCGUCACGUAAGAUAAUCAUUCGAGAUGGUCUUGAUGAACCAAGGGCCCUAGCAAUGUUCCCCAGGAAAGGGUAUUUGUACUGGACUGACUGGGGAGAUAACCCGAAGAUUGAAAGGUCCUUUUUGGAUGGAUCAUCUCGUCGUGCUGUAGUUGAUACUGAUCUUGGCUUUCCAAAUGGGUUAGCACUCGACUAUAAUGCCCGUCAACUCUACUGGGCUGAUGCGCUGAGAGAUCGUAUAGAAACAUCUGAUCUACAUGGCAGAAACAGGGUCCAGCUUGUUCCUGAGGCAACACACCCUUUUGGACUCACACAGUAUGGAGACCAUAUCUAUUGGACAGACUGGUACAGAAAGUCAGUUGAACGAGCAGACAAAACAACUGGACAGGACCGAAUAGUUAUUAGAACAGAUCUGGAUGGUGUAAUGGAGAUCCGAGCAGUGGCAGCUGGGAGGCAGAUGGGUUGGACUCCAUGUGCAGUCCAUAAUGGUGGCUGUACGCAUCUGUGCUUGUUCAAACAAACGUUGUAUGUGUGCGCAUGUCCUGACACACCAGAUCAAAGGCCGUGUUCUACAGAACCAAGUGUAGUGGUUCCUAAUAAGAGGAUCCCGGAAUCAGACGAUGCUGACGAAUAUGACGAUGACGAGGAUGAACCAGUCAUCCAAAUAAUACAACCAAAGAACAAAGCUGACUCAACCAAUGAGAAUGUGUACGAAAAGCCAGAUGAAGGGAAGAGCACCAGCGAGUUCCCAUCUCAUGUGUUCAUAACAACCAUCGUGUUCUGCCUGGUCGCUGUGGUGGUCAUCAUAAUCAUCAUAGUAUUGUACAUCCGUCAUGUACAUCAAAAGAAGUACCUCUACGCGACUGGGAGAAGUGUACUCACGUUCUCAAAUCCAAAUUACAACGCGUCCAGUUCAGAUGUCGGACCAAAUGCCAGUCAGGCAGAUAAGAGGCCGUUUCUUUGGAAAAGGCUAAAAUAUGACAAAUCGCAGGAAAGAGUGUACAACGUCCAUGAAGACAAACAAACCACAAGUCCAGAAGUUGUUUCUCUGAUCCCCAGUGUGGUAACCCCAAACAGCCGUGCUGACGCAACCCCCCCAGAGCGCAUUGCAACUCCCCCACCCACGCCCCCUCAGAGACUGGACAGCAUAAGUUUAAAGGCAGGGUGAACACAAAUUAGAUGCCAGUUGUGGGGUUGGUAUUAAAAUAUUACAGCAGAGAACCAUCCAACAUUAGGAGAUUCAAAUAGCUAGGCUGUAAAUGUCUGUAACACUGUUGAUACAACUGAACCUGUGCAUUGCCGUUUUUAUCAGAUAUUUAACUGAUGGUAAUUGGCUUUAAAAGUGCUCAGUGUAACCACACUGAUUAGGACAAUUGAUAAAAUAAUCCAUAUUAUCAAUGGAGGAGAAGGGAAUCCAAACACAGAUUGGCUUCCAGUUCUGUUAUCGUCAAGUAUCUUAAGUUUGGUAUGAGCCAUUGAUUAUUUAUUACCGAGUUUUUGGUUGUAUAAAUGUCAGUCCAUAUACCGGGUGUAAACACCCGCCCAUUUUAUAACUGAGACGAAGAGCCAAUUUGCUAAGACUCAGAAACAGUUCUUGGAGUCACAAGAUAUGGCCAGAGUUAGCAUGAACUUGCUUCAUCAGUUUAGAGGUAAAGCAAUGACAAAGAAUGUAACCGAAGCACAACAUGAAUCAUGAGUACAAAGAACCAUUCGGUAAAUGUCUUUGUUAAUUUUUCCUUUGAAAAUACUCAAUUUGAUUGUCAAUGUCAAUUUAAUGUAAUGUAUACAGAAAAUGCAAUUUUUCUGUUUCAUGCUGCAAGUCUAAUAGAAAACACCCAAGCAUAUUACAAACUUUAUCAUGCACAAUGUCGAGCUUCUUAUGGCAGUGACUGUGGAAAGUAUGUCUAUUCCUCAUUACAUGCAAGUUUGAGAAUUCCAUUUGAUUUUAAUGUGCUCUAAUAAUUCAGACAACUUUCUUGUUAAUGCGAACUGCUUGUUGGCCGAUCGACAGAGAUAUGGAGAAGGGGGAGUAGGGUACCAUGUGAAUGACAAAGGGGGAACAUGAGGGGAGAUGGGAAAAUUUGGAUGAGCUGUGCAACCUCUCCUGCGCUCCUACUACAAUCACUGAGGAGAUAAGGAAACCUUCAGUACAGUAUAUCCUUAUGUUAGAUUUAUAUGAUUUUGCAACCUGACUUUUUUUGGAACUUUACUGGUGCAUAAAUUAUGGAGUACUUGUCCUUUGGGAUCUGAUACCAUGUUGUCUGUUAGAAGUUCACUGAUGUUUGAGAGUAACCUACUGCCUACAUGUUAAGCGUUGAAGAGUAAACCAAGCAAGCAAAGCACAGAGAAAACUGCAUGAAGAAAACAUUGUUUUGACAUAGGCCUGGAAAUGAAUCCAAAGAGAAUUUACAGGAGGAAAGAGAUGAGUAACUAGUGCUUGUCCUGUAAAGGUCCAUAUUUUCAAAAGAGGAGAGGUAGGAGAUGGUGGGAGAAAAGUGGGGAUCAAGAAAGCAAACAGGGGCUGUGGCAUGAAAGCAACACCUCUGUCAGCUUCACCUGCACCUUUUUUCUUGGCUGUUUUCUCCUUUAUAGAUUUUCUGCAUGCAUCUUACCCUGCUUGAUGGUUGCUUGACUUAUACUCUGACCAUGAAGAGGGAGGCAGAAUGUUUCUCCAAAAUGGUGGUACACUUCUACCACACUAUAUGGCAACAUAUUUCAGAGGACAGUAUUUUUCUUACUCUGGACUCUUGUCAAUAUAUACAACAGCCAGGGCUCUUAAUACAGGGUCUGAGUACUGCUGUAGAGUUCUGGAUGCUGCUUGAACCCCAAUUCCAAUUCUUUCUUUUAAUUAUUUGAGUAAUUAAGCAUUAUUCCUCCUUUAAAGUUUUAGUUACUACUUACUGAGAUAAGGACAAAUAAGCAACUGUAUCCUGUGUGAGGCAAGGUCACUUUUACUAGUAACCAUAUAAGAACUGUGAAAUUGUAAUGGGUUGAAUGGCUGCUGGUGCCUACCCUGACUGACAUGAAUCGAUUCCAUGCUCUCCCACUCUAUUCUUUAAGAUCCUCUUUCAUAUUAUCCUCCCAUCUAUACCUAAGUUUUGUAAGUGGUCUCUCCAUUUUAGGUUUUCUGACAAAAAUUAUGUAUGCCUUACUUAUCUUACUUAUCAUGGAUUACUAAAACUAUAAAAAAUGUAAAUAAGAAACAUCUACUCCCCAGCAUAUAAAAUGUUAAGCCGUUAAGAAAGAAAUUUCCUCUACUCUUCCUGCAUAAAACAAAAAUGUCUGCCUAAUACUGCCAUGUCUGAUGCAUAUGUAUGUACACCCAGGAUCGAUGCAAUUCUUGUACCUGGCGGGCUUACUCCUUUGUGAGAAUGAACUCAUUUGUCUUUUACAGAAAUAGUUUUUCAGCACAGACACACUUAGACUGUGGUCUUCUGAGUUAUGUCAUGGGUUAACGAUGUUUCAGAGGUAUAUGCACCUUUCACCUUCAGGACUAAAGCAUAGACAGCAAGCUUCUCUGACAUGCUGGUAGCCAACGUCCAGACUGUAAGGUAGCACAAUCCAGAAGACCAAAAUCUAAAAUCUUCACUGCCAUGAAAACCUCAAAUCUCAAAGGCAAAAUUACCAGAAAUUAAUACCUUCUUGUUGAUAUAUUAACCAUUAGUUUUUAAGCGAUUUAGAACCACAGGGAUAGGUUUAUAGAAGUGCAAUUCAGUUACACAGAGAUAUUGACUGAAAGAAAUGCAGUUACAAAUAUUAUUUUCUCUCAUCAUCAUCAUCAGUAAUCUGUCAAGACGACAGGUCCACAGUCUCU